AUGUUAGUUUAUGGGCCAGAAGCAGUGAUACCUGUAGAGGUAGAGAUAUCGUCGUUGAGAGUUAUCCAGGAGGUUGGUCUAGACGACACUGAAUGGAUUCGUUGCAGGAUUGAGCAGUUGAUGCUUAUUGAUGAAAAGAGAUUGGACGCAGUCUGUCAUGGUCAGCUCUAUCAAAAUAGAAUGAUUAAGGCAUUUGACAAGAAGGUCAAGCCUCGACGAUUAACACCUGGACAGUUGGUAUUGAAUAAGAUAUUCCCUCACCAUGAUAAAGCCAAAGGGAAAUUUGCACCAAAUUGGCAAGGUCCUUACAUAGUUCAUCGAGUAUUCUCGGGAGGAGCAGUGAUACUUGUGGAGAUGGAUGGUACAGUAAGCACGAAGCCAAUUAAUUCAGACACCAUGAAGAAGUACUAUAUUUGA